AUGACUCCUGAUAGAAUUACUUUGCAGAACAUGGAAAAGAGACCUAAUGAAAGUUUUAGGCAAAAUGCCCAGAGAUGGAGGGAGGUCGCCAUGCAAGUUCAACCACCGCUCUUGGAGAAAGAAACUACUAUGCUGUUUAUUAACACUUUGAAAGCCUCAUUCAUUACUCACAUGGUUGGAAGUACCACCAAGAGUUUUGCUGAUAUAGUUAUGGCGGGAGAAAUAAUUGAGAAUGCCAUAAGAGGUGGCAAGAUAGAGGGCGAAACUGCCAAAAGAUCAGCUCCACGGAGGAAAGAUAAUGAGGUGAACAAUACGAGCAGUUAUAAUCCAAAAGCAGUUACGGUUAGUCAGCCCAGAGUAACUACAGUUGGGCAACAGGAUUCUCAGAAGCACGGAUCUGGUUCGAGACAAAAUUCUGAGAAGGUCUCAUUUACGCCUAUCCCAGUAACGUAUCAAGAGCUUUAUCAAAGUUUAUUUAAUGCCCAUGCAAUAGCUCAUUUUCAUUUGAAACCACUGCAACCUCCAUACCCUAAAUGGUACGAUGCAAACGCCAAGUGUGAAUACCAUGUAGGGAUAUCGGGGCAUUCUAUCGAGAAUUGCACUGGCUUUAAAAAAGUAGUGGAAAGACUUAUCAAGAUGGGGGUUGUAAAGUUUAACGACACCCCUAGUAAUGAGAACCCGUUGCCAAAUCAUGGUGAUCAAGGGGUAAACGCAUUUGGGGAUAUUGGAACGAGAAAGAUUAAGGAGGGUGUGGCUGAGGUGAGAACGCUGAUGAAAGUGAUUUGGGAAGAAAUGGUGAAAAAAGAUAUGAUAAUCUCUAAAGAAAGGAAUAGAGGAGUAAGGGACUAUUGCGAGUUCCAUGCUGAAGAGGGACACGAGAUCCAGGAAUGUGAAGAGUUUAAAGUCUUGGUACAAGGCCUUAUGGAUAAUAAGGAGUUAGAAUUUUAUGAAGCUAGCUCAGAUGAGGGAUAUAUAUGUACAUUAAAAAGGAGACCAAAGAAUCAAAACCGGCCAAGGAUCAUUAUUUCUUUACCAAGAAAUAAUGAAGUUGAAAUACCAACGGUACCGAAAGUCAUUAUUCAUAAACCUGUUUCCUUUCCUUACAAGGAUAACAAGAGAGUACCUUGGAAUUAUAACUGCAAUGUGACAAUGCCAGAGAAGGAGGAUAUAGCUAGUGCCUCUAAGGAAGUUCGAGAUGAGGGUUCUUAUACACGUAGUGGGAAACGUUAUGAUGCAGAAGACGUCAGAGUUGAGCCCACAAAAGCAAAAGCUUUUGACAAAGGAAAGAGGACUGAAAUACUGGUUAAUGAGCCAGUGAAGGAAGAAGAAGCCAGAGAAUUUCUAAAAUUCUUGAAACACAGUGAGUACAGUGUAGUUGAGCAAUUGCGCAAACAACCAGCUCGUAUAUCAGUACUAGCUUUGCUUCUGAGUUUAGAGGUACAUCGUGAGGCAUUAAUAAAUGUGCUCAACGAGACUUAUGUUACCAAUGAUAUAUCCGUCAACAAGUUGGAUCGAUUGGUUAGUAACAUAAGUGCUGACAAUUUUAUUUAUUUCAACGAUGAUGAAAUUCCACCUGGAGGCAUGGGAUCAGCUAAGGCUUUGCACAUUACCACUCGUUGCAAAGGAUAUACAUUGCCGAGCUUGCUUAUUGAUAAUGGGUCAACCUUAAAUGUCAUGCCAUUGUCCAUACUGAAUAGAUUACCCAUUGACAGAGCGGUACCCUCAUCUCUGCACCAGAAAUUGAAGUUAGUAGCUGAUGGACGGUUGGUUACCAUAAAUGCAGAGGAGGACAUUAUAGCAACAGUUACCAGUGACGCACCCUAUGUAGAAGCAAAUGAGGAGGCCAUUGAAUGCUCUUUCCAUUCAUUAGAAUUCAUCAAUGCAACAUUCAUCUUAGAAGGGAAUAAGGACAGAUUACAAGCAGAGGAGGAAAGAAAUAGAGAAGCGCCAAGACAGAAGAGUGGCGUGUUUAGAUGGAAGAGAGGUAGAGUGGGAACUGAUGACAUUCCCCCAUAUAUCCCAAACCUUUGUAUCAGAGGGAUAAUUCACCCUGGAGGAGGGUUGCUUGAAGAAGGAAGUUAUUAUAUCAAUGCUGUGCAUAAUGAAGGAUUUGGACAAGGAAACCUUGAGGGCAUUCGCCCUUAUGAACCGGGAAGCUUUUUGAAUAAUUGGGUUGCAGAGGAACUUCCUGAUUUUGAAGAUGACAGGGAUUGUGAUAUGUCUCCAGAUCUAUUGAGAAUGGUGAAACAAGAGGAGAAACAAAUCCUACCCUGUGAGAAAGAGGUCAUAGAGAAUGUAGCCUUGGAGGAAGGGAAUGGGGUGAAAAUUGGCACACAUGUUACUAAGGAAACGAGACAAGGCCUUGUUGAGCUACUACGGGAAUUUAAAGAUAUCUUUGCAUAG